CUGCCUUUCUCUCUCCGCGGGACCUUCUGCUGAGCCACACGGUCUAAUCGCUGGCCCGCCCGCGGGUGUUCCCACUUCCCACUUGCACUCCCACCCUGACUGGCUCCGUAACGGCGGCUGCUUUCAGACCGACAAGCUUUCCCCGUCCCCCGUUCAAGGCCAUCGAGACCCUUUUGUCUCUCUCAAUUGUCUCUAUUCCCUUCAUUGUUAUUUGCUUUUUCGCCAUUCCUUUCGCCCUGUGACUUGUCUGGCAACCAUCGUCAUGUCGGGUCGAUUCGUGCGUUCCUCGAAAUACCGACACGUUUUCGGACGGUCGACGAAGAAGGAGCAAUGCUAUGAUAACCUUCGUGUCUCUCGGAAUGCCUGGGAUACCAACCUCGUCAAGGCCAACCCCAAGUACCUCUCCGUAAAUUGGGAAGCGGGUGGUGGAGGUGCCUUUGCUGUCAUUCCCCUCGAGGAGCGGGGAAAGCUGCCCGAGAGGAUACCUCUGUUUCGGGGUCACACUGCCGUGGUCCUCGAUACCGACUGGAACCCUUUCAAUGACGAUCUGAUUGCAUCUGGUUCCGAUGAUGGCAAGGUCAUGCUUUGGCGUGUGCCCGAGAACUUUACUCUCCAUCCUGAUGUUGAUGUCGAUGAUAUCCAAGAUGUGGCGCCCGUCGGCAAGCUUUCUGGCCACCCCAAAAAGGUAGGCCACGUUCUCUUCAACCCCGCAGCCGAAAACAUCCUGGCAACGGCGUCCGGCGAUUACACGGUCAAGAUCUGGGAUAUUGAGGCCGGGGCUCCGAAGUUGACCCUGAACCUGGGCGACAUCGUGCAAUCACAAUCCUGGAGCGCAAAUGGCUCCCUCCUGGUCACGACCUCGCGAGACAAGAAGCUGCGCAUCUGGGAUGUGCGUCAGGAGCGCCCCGCGCAUGAGACACAAGGACACUCUGGGGCUAAGAACAGCCGCUCAGUCUGGCUGGGUGAGCGCGACAGGAUCGCAACCACCGGUUUCUCGAAGAUGAGUGACCGCCAGCUGGCCCUGUGGGAUAUCCGUGCUCCCCGCGAGCCGAUCAACGGAUUCAAGACGCUUGAUUCGAUCUCGGGUGUGUGCAUGCCAUUCUGGGACGAGGGUACUCAGUGUCUGUACCUUGCCGGAAGAGGUGACGGUAACAUCCGGUACUUCGAACUGGAGAACGACAAGUUUGAAUACCUUGCGGAGUAUAAGUCCGCCGACCCUCAGCGUGGUAUUGCUUUCAUGCCCAAGCGCGGUGUCAACACCCACGACAAUGAAGUCGCUCGUGCCUUCAAGACGGUCAACGACAGCUACAUUGAGCCUAUCUCUUUCAUCGUGCCCCGCCGGGCGGAGACCUUCCAGGAUGAUAUCUACCCCCCUACUGUUGGCCUCAAGCCUGCUAUGGGCCCCGCCGAGUGGUUUGAGGGCAAGGAAGCCAUUCCGCCCAAGAUCUCCAUGGCCAACCUUUACGAAGGUGAGGGUUUGAAGGAAGUCACCGGUGUGCAGGACAUGCCCACUGCGACGAUGGGCGCCUCGGAACCCGAGGUUGCGCCAGCACCCAAGGCCUCCGAGCCCAGUCCGGUGCGGAAAGCGGCCGAGCCCGCGCCUGAGCCGACGCCCGUGGCCAGGCCCGCCCCGUCCAUGAAGGAGCAGGGUGCCUCUAUGGCUGCUAUGGUGUCCAAGUUCGCCGAUGACGAAGAGACGGAGCCAGUGGAAGAAGAGUCUAGCUUUGACGAAGUGUCCAAGGCCGUGGAGCGCCCUGCACGCUCUCCCGAAGCCUCUUCGCCUUCUGUCAAGACGAGCCCGUGGCACCAGGAAGAGGCCAAGCCUCAGCCAAGCCCCUCCAAGGCAUCCCCCAUCAGCAGUCCAGUUGACACGGCGGCCAACAUCUCUACCGGCGCAGCCGUUGCGGCUGAUGCUGUGACCCGGGAGAUCGGCGCCAUCAAGGAGCUGAUCGCUGAGCAGACGAAGACGAUCGCGUCUCAGGCGCAGCAGAUGCAGAGCCUGACCGCGGAGAUUGAAUCCCUCAAGGCUAAGCUGGGCUAGCCUUUAUGCUUUCCAAGACCCUGACCUAAUGUAUUGUAUUGAUUCCAUGUGUUCACCUUCCUUAACCUCUGUUACUUCGUUUCGCUCAAAAGCCGCCCCUCUUUUCUCUGUCCAUAGCCGUCAUCGUUGUGUGUUAUGUUCUUGAUGACCUGCAGCAUGACCGGAAUGUCAAUGUCAAUACGAAACCAGUCUCUGUUUAUCAUUGUUAUGUGUCGAUUCAGCGGCGACCGCACCGGGGAUGGCGAUUGGAUAGAUGGUGUCUUGUGGUAGAUACUUCAGGUAAACAAUAUACCAGCCUCACUGAGUACUCUACAUUUAUUCACCCGAGAGUAUUGAAGAGAGGAUACGAUGAAA